CUGUUUGGACUAAUGAUUACACCAGACUCUAGUAAAGUAAGGGUGACGCGUUUGCAGCGAUACAAUUGAAAAGAAAGCAGUAACAAGUAAUCUUGUGUGUCGGAUCAGUGGAACAACAAGGGAGCAAAUUGAACGGAUGGAAUUUACGAGUAACGGUGUUCAACUAUGAGAUAAGCAGCUUGAUCAACUCUCUCCCGCGGUGGAUCCUCUACAUUUAGGCCUGAUGGAGCUGGGCACGCGACAAGCGUUGACCACCGGGGAACACACAACACGCUCUGCCCCUCAUCGCCGAUCUUGAAAGGAGGGACACUCCGCUACUCCCAACCUUCCCUCCUCUUCCACUACAUCCUCUGGUACUACUCCUCCCUCCCUCCCUCCUCCCCGGUCCUGAAAUGGUGAUGGUGAUGAUGAUGAAGCUGAAGCAGAACCUGCUGGUGGCCUGUCUGGUCAUCAGCUCAGUCACAGUCUUCUACUUGGGUCGUCACGCCAUGGAGUGUCACCACCGCAUCGAGGAGCGCAGCAGCCAGCCUGGGGACCAAGGGGUUCUGGGGGGCCUUCAGGGGUCAAGAGGGUUGCUCCUGGGGGGUUCUUUGAGCUCCUCCACCAUCCUGCGGGGCUCUGGUCCCGGGGGCCAUAACCUCUCCGCUCCAUUCGUCUACAACAAGGACAUGCCUCUAGUAUUCAUUGGAGGGGUUCCCAGGAGUGGGACCACAUUGAUGAGAGCCAUGCUGGACGCUCACCCCGAGGUUCGUUGUGGAGAGGAGACCAGGGUUAUUCCACGUAUCCUGGCCAUGAAACAGAUGUGGUCGCGGUCGGGGAGGGAGAAGAUGCGUCUGGAUGAGGCCGGGGUGACGGACGAGGUCCUGGACGCCGCCAUGCAGGCCUUCCUCCUGGAGAUCAUCGUGAAGCACGGCGAGCCCGCCAACUUCCUCUGUAACAAGGACCCCUUCGCUCUGAAGUCCCUCUCCUACCUGGCUAAGAUCUUCCCGCACGCCAAGUUCGUGCUCAUGAUCCGGGAUGGACGCGCCUCGGUCCAUUCGAUGAUCUCGCGUAAGGUGACGAUCGCUGGCUUUGACCUGGGCAGCUACAGAGACUGCCUGACCAAGUGGAACAGGGCCAUAGAGACCAUGUACACUCAGUGCCUGGAUGCCUCAGACAAGUGCCUGCCGGUGCAUUAUGAACAGCUGGUGCUCCAUCCAGAGAAGUGGAUGAGGACGCUGCUCAAAUUCCUGGACAUUCCCUGGAACGAGGCGGUGCUUCACCAUGAGGAACUCAUAGGGAAAGCAGGAGGUGUUUCCCUCUCCAAGGUGGAGAGGUCUACAGACCAGGUGAUCAAGCCGGUCAACGUGGAGGCCUUAUCCAAGUGGGUGGGCAAGAUCCCUGUGGACGUACUGCGGGACAUGCCCGUCAUCGCCCCCAUGUUGUCCCGUCUGGGGUACGACCCCCACGCCAACCCUCCCAACUACGGCCGGCCAGACCCCAAGGUCCUUGACAACACCAGGAGGGUCUUUAAAGGUGAAUUUCAGCUACCUGAGUUUCUAAGAGAACAAUCUCAGCUUCAGAAGACUCCAGAGAAACCGAACCCCAGUUAGGAGGAGCAACCAACAUGCCACACAGACAAGACGGGGCACCGAUGGACAAACAUCCAAUACAACACCACUUUUUGGGGACCUCCGUACUCUUCCAUGGACACACACACACAAACACAUACGCUAUAUAUACAAAAGUAUGUGGACAUCACUUCCAAUUAGUAGAUUCGGCUAUUUCAGCCACACCCGUUGCUGACAGGUGUAUAAAAUCGAGCACA